CUUCACCCACUUGUGCUCUACAACAGAGAUUCUGGGUGAAGCACACAACCCAUUAAUCUCCCUUACACAGAGCUGCGCGGGAGUGCUGCUUCAGUCAAACAAAUUAACUGCCACCAAAAAGUCUUUUCUCCAAAGAAAAAAAAAUCCCCCAAAUAGCUUUUAAUGAUUCUUGGAGCAAAGCCAGAGAUUGUUUGACGAUCUUCUCUUGGCCACUUGCGUGCUGUCGACAUAAUGGGAUUGAAUCAAUUUGUCAAUAUUUAAAGCAAGAUUUUCUCCUUUGCUUCGCUGCAGUUAAUUAGAGAAGUUUUCUUUCAAUUUUUUUUCCAAUGAAUGCAACUCCGGAGGGCUAAAGUUUCUUGCUUGAAAACUUUACAGUGCCUGUCAAAAUUAUUAUAACCACCUAAAGCAAAUUUCUAAAAAUUCUUAUUCAUUGUUCUUAUUAAUUUAGGCAAUAAUCUAUUAAAUAAUUCCAAUAGAAAUUAAUUUUUUUUUUCAAUAGAUAAUGAUAAGUUGUUUUAAUCAGUACGUUAACCCUUCCUUUUGACAUGGUGAUUGAAUAAAUUCAAAAAAAAAAACGAUUGAAUAUUGAAAAGAACAAAAAGGUUGAAAAUUAAAGAUUUUAGCUAAAUUCAAACGUUAAAAGUUUAAAAUUUUAGUCUAAAAUUAAUUUAAAAAAAACUGUUCGUCUCUAUUAGUCGUUACGUAGAGAAUAUAACCUCACUUUAAGUAAUUAUUCGUAAAAAUCGAGGUAAAAGCUGUGAAUAAUAUUAAUUAAAGUCUUUAGGAUCUUGAAAAUUGUUGGAAAUUACGAAAUUAUUAUUCUCAUUGUAUAAGAAAGCACAGACAACUGAAGAAAUGAUCGAAAAAUCAAAUAUCCGUGUAAUACACUAUGUGAGGUUAUGUUUGUUGUACACAAAACAGACCCUGAAGCCCUCAUGAAUAAUUUUCUUUACACCCAGAAGAUUCAAGCCCACAAACAAUUUAUUUAUUUCAAAAUAAACAAUUUUAUUUAACAAAACACAGAAGAAAAUAAUUCAAUCCACUCUAAAAUAAACGAAUUGGCGAAUUUUUCAAAUUCCGCUUUCACGCCAUCAGGUCCUUGAAAAGUUUUCAUCAAACAAACAAAUCUUACCUCCUGGGAAUUUCCUCACCACAGAGCACUUGACCAAUAAUGAAAAACGUGCUGUUCCCUUAUCAAGAAGCGUGGAUGCACUUGAAGGCUCUUCAGUGAUUUCAGCGUCACUGAAAAACUCUUCAUCAUACUCCACUUAGCUUGCUUGAUAUAAAAGGCAUUCCAUUCAAAGGGAAAGCUGUCAGACUUUAUUGAGAAGUCAAGUUGAUUGUUGUGAACCAUGAAGUGUUUGAUUGUUCUUUCUGCCCUGGCAGUUGCCACUUUGGCUAGCCCCGUAGCCAAGUCAAACAUUCUGAUGCAGCCCAUUGAGGAGAUGGGAGACUACUUCCAGGGCGACAUGGUUCUAACGGAAUCACAGAGGAGGGCAUUCUUCAACGGCAGGACAGACAGCCGUACUGGGCUUCUCAAUGAACGUUUCCGCUGGCCAAACAACAACCUUGUCUACGAUUUUGCCAAUGAUGUGAAUCAGGAGCAGAAGGACUACAUCGAACUGGCUCUGCGCAACAUUUCAGCCUCCACCUGCCUCACAUUCAGCAAGCGUACUAAUGAGAAAGACUACGUGAAAGUCACCACAUCAUCCGAAGGGUGCUCAUCAAGCGUUGGACGUGUUGGUGGUAUGCAGAUGCUGCGACUCGCAAACAACGAAGUUGGUUCCGGAUGCUUCCGCUUUGGAACCGUCAUUCAUGAAUUCAUCCACGCCCUGGGAUUCUAUCACGCUCAAUCGGCCUACACCCGCGAUGAUUAUGUUCUCAUCAAGUGGGAAAACAUUCAAAAGGGCACAGAGUUCAACUUCGAAAAGGAGGACAGUUCAAAGACAACCAUGUUCAACCUUGAGUACGACUACGGAAGUGUGAUGCACUACAGCAAUAAAGCCUUCAGCAUCAACGAUGAGGAUACCAUUGUUCCUCUGCAGGACGGUGUGACAAUCGGUCAGAGGGAGAGGAUGAGUGAACUCGAUAUCAAGCGACUCAACCAAAUGUACAACUGUCCAGAUCAAUAAGAAAACUAAUAAAUCAAUGAAGAUUCAA